GCGUGGUCCGGGGUAGGUGCCCGUGCGGUCGGUGGGAGCGGGUAGGGAGUGGAGCGACCGCAGCUCGCAGCCCGCAGCCCGCUCCGAGAGCUGAGUGACGAGUGAUUACCUGACCGCGCCGGGCGACCUGUCACCGGGUCGGGUCGGGUAGUGUUGGUGUCGGACGGGCGGGAGGCUCUCCGGGCCCCCCGAGCCGUCCCCCUAGUGUUGUGAUCGGUUCAGACCGCUCGGGUGACGGUGCCGCCGUCCUGGCUCUGUCCACGCUGGCGUCGGCGGUGGCGGGCGGCGCGGUGCGUCGCCGGGUGCCCUCGCCGGCGCCGCCGGCCGCUCACCGGCUGUCGAUGCCGUCGGCGCUGGGUCGCCGGUGGCGGCCGGCCGUGCGUCGUCUCUCGGCCGCCUGGGAGCGCACCGAGCGCUCGGGCCGCGCCGCCGAGCCUGCCGGCUGGGAGUGGCGCCGCGCCGAGCCGAGCGGCGCCGGACUGCGGCCGCUGAAGGAGCAGUCUCCGCCGCCGCGCCGGCCCCUCUCCAUGCUGAAUGAAGAGGCCUCGAUGAACCACCGCGAGGGCGGCAGCGAGGCGGGCGGCGGCGCCGAUCGGCCGGCCGCCGCCGCCGCCGGCUCGCCAGACACGGAGCGGCCCACGCUCAAAGUUCACCUGCCCAACAGCUUUCAUAUGGUCAAGUACUCAGAGAGCACAGAUGUCAAGUAUGUGCUAGAUUUGCUGGUGACCCGGCUGGCGCCGGAGCCGCGCGCCUACGAGGGCCUGUUCGCGCUCCGGAUGGUCAACUCAGUAACCGGCGAUGUGUGCUGGCUCCAUCAGAACACGCCCAUGUUCGAGGUACUGGAGAAGCAGGAGGGCGGCGCGGACCGGUGGCGGUUCGAACUGCGUGUCCGGUACCUGCCCACCGAUCUGCACCAGCUGUAUGACAAGGACAGAGUCACCUUCCACUUCUACUACGAACAGGUCCGGGACGACUACCUAAGCCAGGAGCAGUGUCCGGUCGACCAGGAGAUGGCCGUCCAGCUGGCCUGUCUCGACAUCCGGCGCUUCUUCAAGGACCUGCCGCCGAACGCGCUCGACAAACGCUCCAACAUGGACUACCUCGAGGCCACGGUGGGCUGGGCCAAGUUCCUUCCCCGCGCCGUCAUCACGGCCACCAAGGCCAAGGCGCUGCGGAAGGCCGUGCAGCACCAGUUCAAACGCUGCAGCCACAUGAGCGAGCCCGAGUGCAUGUUCAAGUACUUGGAGCUGCUGAAGACGGUGGUGCGCUUCGACCAGGAGCGCUUCACCUGCGCGCUGGGGGCAUGGUCGAUACGUGUGCAGCUGAUCAUCGGUCCGGACUCUGGGAUCUCAUACACCACAGACAAGGAGGACUCGGCCACCCAUCUGAGCAGUUUCGACCAGGUGCAGAGUAUCCAGACACUACUCUCUCCGUGUGAGAACUCUGCUCGGCGGGCGGCCGUGCAGCUGCGGGUGGCGGGCCGGCCGGAGCCGCUCAUCCUAACCUGCGGCUCGCUGAGGGAGGCAGACAACCUGGCCGACCUGGUGGACGGCUACUGCAGACUGGUCAACAACGCCUCCAGCAGCCUGUGGACCCGCAAAGCGAGCCGCUCGCGGUCGGGGGAGCGGCGCUCGCCCUCUGCCCGGCGCUCCGGCCGCUCCGCCUUCUCGGACGACUACGCCGAGAUUGUGGAGGACGAGGGGGACUACAGCACCCUGGCGGCCAGGGACUACGAGCUGCCGCGGGAUUCGGUUCAUCUGGUGGAGAUUAUCGGCGAGGGCCAGUUCGGUGACGUGCACCGCGGCACCUAUCGGUCUCCGUCCGGACAACUGACGCCCGUGGCCGUCAAAACGUGCAAAGCCGACAACGAGACCUCCAUGGCGCACAAGUUCCUAGAGGAGGCCCACACAAUGCAGCAGUUUGACCACCCGCACAUCAUCCGUCUGGUGGGCACGUGCAGUACCUCGCCCGUGUGGAUUGUCAUGGAGCUGGCACGGCACGGGGAAAUGCGCGCCUACCUGCGGAAUAGUCAGCACCGGCUGCGGUCAGAUACACUGGUGUUGUACGCGUAUCAGCUCAGCCAGGCGCUGUCCUAUCUGGAGAGCAAGAAGUUUGUGCAUAGGGACAUCGCGGCGCGGAACGCCCUCGUCUACAGCCACGACAACGUCAAGCUGGCCGACUUCGGCCUUAGCCGGUGGGUCGAGGAGCAGGACUACUACAAGGCCUCCAAGUGCAAGCUGCCCAUCAAGUGGAUGGCGCCAGAGUCCAUCAACUUCAGACGGUUCACCACCGCCAGCGACGUCUGGAUGUUCGGUGUGUGUAUGUGGGAGAUCCUCACGCUCGGCGUACAGAAGCCGUUCCAGGGUGUGCCCAACAGCGAGGUGGUGGGUAAAAUCGAGGCCGGCGAGCGGCUACCGCUGCCGCCGCGCUGCCCGCCGCGCGUCUACUCGCUGAUGCUCGCCUGCUGGCACUACGAGCCCAGCAAGAGGCCCACCUUCGCCGAUCUCAAACAAGACCUGCAGGAGGCUCUGUUUCAAGAGCGCGCUACGCAAGAGGAGACGAUGAGGAGAGAAAACCGGAGAGUGCAGGCCAUGUCCUGGGGUUCCAACGACUCGGACGAGCGGCCGCCGCCGAAGCCGCCGCGCCUGCCGGCCGGGGACCGGUGCUCGCCGCCGCCGCCCGCGCCGCCCGCGCCCCUGCAGACCUACAUCGUGGCGCAGAGUCCCGAGGUGCUGGCGCGGCUGAUGCGAGACAACGCUGGACGCGCUCAGGCGGGCAGCUACACGACGCCGGCGUCGGCUCUGAAUACGAAGCCGCCGCUGCCUCCUGAGGAACAGAAGCGUCGCCUGGAGCUGGAGGAGCAGGAGCUGCGCGACCGGCUGGAGACUCAGAGACGACAGAUGGCAGAGGACGGCGUCUGGCUCAACUCGGAGAACGAGCUGCGUAAGCGCCUGUCGCUGGCCACCUCGUCUGACCGCUCGGACACCGAAUCGGUGGACGGCGGCGCUCGCGCCACCUCACCCUUCCACUCGACCGCCGAGCCGGCCGGAGCCAACGGAUCCCGCGCCGCAUCCCGGGCCGGCUCCGCGCACGGCUCCGGGCCCGGAUCGGCAGCCGGGUCCGGGGCGGGGUCCGCGCCCGGGUCCGGGGCCAGCAGCACGGAGAGACCCAUCGUCGUCAAGCGUAUGGAGGUGACUCCGACCGCCGAGCUGGACCGCUCCCAGGACCGGGUGUACGACUGCACCACCAGUGUGGUACGCUCCGUGAUGGGCCUGUCGCGAGGCGUGCAGGCCGGCCACGCCCAGCGCUACCUGGACCUGGUCAAGGCUGUGGGGUACGAGCUGCGCGAGCUGCUGUCGGCUGUAGAUAGGGAGGUGGUCGCCUUCCCGGCGGCGGCGCAUCGAGAGAUUGAGAUGGCUCACAAGGUGCUGGGGAAAGAUAUGCAGGAGCUGGUGGCGGCCAUGAAGCAGGCUCAGCGCUACAGUACCACCACGCUGGACGACGAGUACAGAAAGCAGAUGCUGCAGGCGGCUCACGUGCUGGCCGUCGACGCCAAGAACCUGCUGGACGUGGUGGACGGGGUGCGGAUCAGGUGCGGCGGCGGUACCACCAGCGGUACCGGUACCGGGGGCGGCGGCGGCCACCAGCCGGUGCGGGCGGGCAGCUGAGUCCGCCGCCGCCGCCCCCGCCCCCGCCCGGCGGCGGCAGCGCCUCUAGUCAGCGGCCCCGGCCGCCACAUUCCCUGCCGCCGCCCCCCCCCCCCCCUCCCCCCGUCCCCGCAGUCAGCCCCCCUCCCGUGUCAGAUCAUUCCAUAACGCGCCGACCCGCCCGCGAGGCCUCAUACAUGGCGGGCGGCUCCCGCGUACCGCGAGCUACUGUUAUAUCUGUGGUGAAUAUAUGGAUCAUGCGUUAACAAA